AUGUAUGGAAACAGCACUCCUAUGCUCCCAGCUUUAAAGUCAUCCUGGAGGACUGAAUGGCCACAUGCAGAUGUGGGCACUGUGCCUCUGGAUACACAGGAGGUGCUCGCCAUUUUGCCCCUUCCCUUGGUUCUUCCCUUCUACCACACUUGUGGAAUCACACACGGCUCUGACCCUUGGUUCUUCCCUUCUGCCACACUUGUGGAAUCACACAUGGCUCUGCUUUCGCGUCCUCCCCUCAGGUGGUCCUUUUAUUUACAGUCCACCCCGCCCUCACCGGCAGUGCAAGUAAAAGGAAGACGCUUCCGCUUCUCUCCCAUUUAA